AGCACGCUAAAAAGGCAUGCUUAUCCGCGAUAAUUCGUAGAUUAGACAUAGGCAUCCAAACUAUCCAAAAUAGGAGUGCGGAGCAGUGAAAACUCGUUGCUCGUUGCUCGUUGCUCCUCAUUCUCAUUAUUUCGAGAUUAUUUCCAUUUUCAACGGUAUACAGAGGUUAUGUUAUCCGUUGGUGGUAUUAACCUCGUACGUGUUCUCUCUUGUUUGCUCUAUUCGACCAUUAUCGUAUUAUAAUAUUCAUAGUCGACACGCGCCAACGAUUUUCUUUCUAUUCGUUUAAAUGUAACGCGUCGCGUGUACUUGUGUGACAACUGGAAAAUUUAUUGUGAUCCUACCACACAAUCAAACAAUGACAUUAGACGUGUAUUUAUUAAACCAUCUAUAUUAAAUUUAUCCAGCGGAAAUCAAGUUGAUCUUUACGAUAUAAAACAUGUAUACCAAUGAUAUAAAGUAAAGUUUUGAUUUUUGGGAUAGAGGCGAUAAUAUAAAAUCGUUUAUAAAAUAAAUUAUAUAUGCAUAAUACAGUAGACGAAGAGGCGGAGAAAGAGGAUUAGAACGUGCCAGAACGUGCGCUAAAAGGGUGAGAGAGAAGUGAGCGAGUAUACACGAAUGAGAAUUUAUAGCACUAGCAAGAUGGAUACUUCAAUACGGGAAAGAAUUCUCAGCUUUGCUGAUGUUGUAAUGAGGGUGCCACCUUUAUUUAUCAUUGAUGAGUUACUAAGAAUCAGCCUUGGUUUACCCAAUGACAAUAUUGUACUGGAAAGUAAUGAACAUGGCUUUAAAAGUACCAAUUUAUCAAGCAUAGCUAGUUCCAUUUCUGCAGUUACAACAGACUCGUUUCUAAUGGAUCAGCUUGAUUUUACUCAUCUUGCUUACAAGGCUUACCUGAUAAUCAUGUUUAAAUUUUUAUGUUGUUGUAUAGGUUUUCUUGCAGCCUUAUACACAUUUAUGUUAUGUACUAGACAUUUGAUAAUUGUAUACUUAUAUUUAAUAUCUAUAGGAGUAAUAUUUGUAUCGUAUUGGUCAAAUGUUAGUGCAACGAAAGCAAUCAUAGCUUACAUGAAUGUCCAUGAAUCAACAACCAGCAUACUUGACAAUAUAUUAUGUCUGAAUCUAUCGGACGUUCUAUACAAUGGUCCGGGUUUUCUAAUUAUCCAGAAUUAUAUAUUGCAAUGCCUGCUAGCCAGCGUCUUUUGUUACAUACAUCUUGCCCCAAGACAUCCUAUAGUUCAGAAGCUUCUUGUGCUGAGCUUUAUGUCACCAUCCAUCUUGGGUAUCCAUCCUUUACCGACGCAAUAUCUGUAUCACACACCAGUGUGCGCAACGUUAAUCCCAUUGGCUGUGUGUAAAUUUGUCAUCUGGUAUAAUGGUGUCUCCAUGUUAAAAACAAUCUACAUAGGCUAUCGACACGCACGCAACUUUAUAAUCAAUUAUGGUUUAUCCGCUCUUGCGGAAACAGAAUGGAUGCGUUUGAACGUGCCAUGCGUACUUCGCACAUUUUGGAUGCUGCGUGUGGGAGAACAAGUCGUUCAAAUCCUCGGGAAUCACUAUGGCGAGGAAACAUUUAAUUAUUACGUCAUGAUCAGAACGCUGCUGGUAAAUGGGUGCGAGACGUUGACAGCUGUUCUUGGUAUGACCAGCAUAAUCUCGUUUAUCUGCCACUAUAUCGGUUAUUUCUUCCAAUGGAUAUUAUUGACGGAAGACGAAGAUGAGAAGAGUAUCGGCACGGUGUCCGCUAUACUAUUUUACAUUCUUGCCCUACAAACCGGAUUGACGAGUCUCGAUAGAGAGAAGCGUUUAGUACGAUUAUAUCGUAAUUUUUGCCUAUUGUUCACGGCGAUUUUACAUUUUGUGCACAAUAUAGUGAAUCCAUUGUUGAUGUCGCUCAGUGCUUCUCAUAAUCCGGCACUACAUAGACAUUUACGGGCUUUGGCGGUCUGUGCUUUUUUAAUAUUCUUCCCGGUUUCGUUACUCGUAUUCCUCUGGUCCCAUUUCACCGUGAGCACAUGGUUAUUGGCUGUGUCGGUCUUUAGCAUUGAGGUAAUAGUCAAAGUACUGGUCUCGCUAGCAAUUUAUUCGUUGUUUCUAAUCGACGCAUACAGAAGUGAAUUCUGGGAACAAUUUGACGAUUGUGUAUACAUAAUAAGGUCAUUUGGCAAUACUGUGGAAUUUGCUUUCGGCAUUAUAUUGUUUUUUAACGGUUUCUGGAUAUUGAUCUUCGAGUCUGGUGGAGCUAUUCGUGCCGUCAUGAUGUGUAUACACGCUUACUUUAAUAUCUGGUGCGAAGCGAAGGCUGGAUGGAGCGUUUUUAUGAAACGCCGGACGGCUGUGAAUAAGAUUAAUUCUUUACCGGAAGCAAAAGCCGAACAACUUGAACAGUUAGACGAUGUUUGUGCAAUUUGCUAUCAGGAAAUGCAAAGCGCCAAGAUCACUCAAUGCAAUCAUUAUUUCCAUGGUGUAUGCUUGCGGAAAUGGUUAUACGUUCAAGACCGAUGCCCUCUUUGCCACGACAUACUGUAUAAAGUUGAAAACAUCCAAAACAGAGAUACAGCUUUUGUUGAAGAAGAUGGUAGAAACGACGUUGAAGAUGAUGCAGUUGUGCAAACCAGACAAAAUUCGAAUGUACAAUCUCAUCAGAAUCAUCAUAGACAGUUGACCGAGCAUUCGGAUGAAGGCAGGUGAAAUGAAGUGACUCUUCACGCGCAUUUUGUGAUAUAAUGAUGUAGAUAGACACUAAUUUUUUUAAUACUAACUUUGAUCGCGAAACGUUCGUGGAAUCUCGCUUAAAAAUUUCGCUCGUUUGUAUCACGUAUUACUCCAACUUGAUUAUCGGGUAAUAUAGUUCUAAAUCAUUUACAUGUAAAUUAUCAUGUAAGAACUUGAGUCUUUCCUCCGAUUUCUUGUAAAAUCUUGUAAAUAAGUAAAUUGUAACAAUUAUUCUUAUAAAGGAAGUCAUACAACUGUCCGGUACCGAUUUGAUUCCCCAUGAAUAGGUUAUUAAACACAAAAAUCUAAGAGACACGUAUUUUUUUAUACGUGCGCUAACUCAUGUUUAAGGAGUGAAACACCCUU